UGGUGUUGCCACACACGACAUAUCCCAAUGGCAUUGGCUUGCCCAUCCCUAGCCUUCAAAUUCACACCAAUUAUUUCCACCUUUUUCCUUCUAUUCAUAAUUCCAAAACCCAUAGCCAUAGCUGCUUGCCCCUACACAUCCAUCUUUGCAUUUGGGGACUCUCUUACAGAUGUGGGAAAUAGGGUUCUUCUCUACCCUAACCACUCUCACAUGGGCGAUCCACCUUAUGGAGAAACAUUCUUUCAUCAUCCCACCGGCCGCUGCUCCGAUGGUCGUCUAAUCAUAGAUUUUAUAGCGGAGUACUAUGGAGUGCCAUUUAUGCCUUCAUCAGCUAGUGUUAUGAUGAAUGGCGGCGGAAACGGGUCAAGUAUUGACGGAGGUGUGAAUUUCGCGGUUGCCGGAGCAGCGGCAGUCGACUCGGCGUUCUAUGAAGAAAGAGGAAUAGUUAAUGUUGAUACAAAUUGCUCCCUCAGAGUUCAGAUGAGAUGGCUCAAUCAAUUGUUGCCAAUUUUCUGUGCCACACCAUCAGAAUGUAAGGAAAAGCUCAAAACCUCACUAUUUGUGUUGGGACCAUUCGGGAGCAACGACUAUCGUCGUGCAUUGGGCUAUGGAAAAGACGUAGAAGAGAUAAAAUCAUAUGUCCCUCUUGUUAUUGAUGUCAUUACCACAGCUAUCAAUGAUUUGAUUGAAUUUGGCGCAACAACAAUCAUGGUGCCUGGCAUAUCACCAGAUGGUUGUCUAGGCAGUGUCCUCACACAAUUUGAAAGUGAGAAGAAGGAAGAUUAUGAGCCUGAUACUGGUUGUCUUAUUUGGAUGAAUGAAUUGUGUGAGUACCACAAUCAACAUCUUCAACAACAACUCAACACCAUUCAACAUCAUAACCCUCAUGUUGUCAUAAUCUAUGCUGACAUUUACAAUGCCAGUAUCGAGCUUUAUCGUCAUCCUCGAAAAUAUGGAUUCACAUCAAGCCUUGCAGUUUGUUGUGGUGUAGGUGGGAAGUAUAAUCUGAAUAAAGAUGUGGGAUGUGGCAACAUACGAGUAAAGAGUUGUCCUGAACCAUGGCGUUAUAUUGAUUGGGAUGGAGAUCACAUGACAGAUAGAGCAAAUAAAAUAGUUUCCAUGGCUCUACUAGAUGGAACUUGUACAAGUCCAUCCAUCAACACUUUGUGAUUCAUUUAAAAAAUCCACCUACUACAUUUAACCAUAUAUAUUUUAGAGUUAAUACCUUCAAUGGUCCUUCGAGUGGUCAUUCGAGUUUUAAAUGACCUUCAAUGGUCCUUCAUGUUUUAAAAAAUAGUCACUCAUGGUCUUAGUUCUUAAACAAGAAAUAAAUAAAUAAAUAAAUAAAUAAAAAAUCUCGAGUUUAAAAUGACCACGAGAUAUCCUAAAAAGACCACGAAUAGUUAUUUUUUAAAACAUAGAGGACCGUUGGAUGUAUCAACUCAAUAUUUUAAAAUAAAGUGUUUUUCCAAUGUGUUCUAGAUUACUAAAAUUCCCUAUUCAAUGAAUGUCAAUGUUAAUUCCCAAUUAAUUGCUUUA